AUCAUGCCCCCCAACAACUUUCUCUCUCUACAAAAUUCUCUCUCUCUACACCCUACCACCUAUAGGCUCUGCUCCCAAGAAAAAAAGUGAAAUUCCUGUCUUCUUUCGGUGGAUUUUGCGCACAACUCUCUGAUUCCUUCCAAUUCUCUACAUACAUACAUACAUACAAAUCACUGUAUAUUUGUAUAUACAUACAUACAUACAUACUAAAUUUUCUCUUCAAUCGCAUUUACGUAACUCAUAAGUUCUGGUUUGAUGGCGAAACGCGGAUAUAAAUUGCAAGAGUUCGUGGCACAUUCUGCUAAUGUGAAUUGCAUUAGAAUUGGAAAGAAGACUGGUAGACUUUUUGUUACAGGAGGUGAUGAUGAAAUUCUCAAUGUUUGGUCUAUUGGGAAACCGACUCCUGUAACGAGCCUAAGCGGCCACACGAGCCCUAUAGAAUCCGUAGCUUUUGAUUCAACUGAACUUCUAGUGGCUGCUGGAGCUUCCUCUGGUGUGGUCCAGCUCUGGGAUCUUCAAGAGACAAAGGCGGUUCGAACACUUGAUGGACACCGGUCCUAUUGCACUGCAAUGGAAUUCCAUCCUUUCGGUGAGUUCUUCGCAUCCGGUUCCAUGGAUACUAAUCUGAAAAUAUGGGAUAUUAGAAAAAAAGGAUGCAUUCAUACAUAUAAGAGUCAUAAGCGCGCAAUUAGUACAAUCAAAUUCACCCCUGACGGUCGUUGGGUCGUGUCUGGGGGACUUGAUAAUAUAGUAAAGAUAUGGGACUUAACUGCCGGAAAGCUCUUGCAUGAGUUCAAAUUUCACCAAGGACACAUUAAAUCGAUGGAUUUUCAUCCUCUCGAGUUUCUUUUAGCAACAGGUUCAUCAGACAAAACUGUAAAAUUUUGGGAUUUGGAAACCUUUGAGUUGAUUGGAUCAACUAGGGAUGAGUCGACAGGUGUACCGUCGAUUAUGUUUCAUCCAGAUGGAAGAACACUCUUUUGUGGGUUAGACAGUAGUUUAAAGGUGUAUUCAUGGGAGCCUGUAAUUUGUCAUGAUGCUGUUGACUUAGGAUGGUCAAAUUUGGGUGACAUCUGUAUUAAUGAUGGGAAGCUUUUAGGAUGCUCGUAUUUUCAGAAUUCUGUAGGAAUUUGGGCCACAGAUGUUUCAGAAAUUGAACCUUAUAAGGUGCAACCAAAAUCCGAGACUCAAAGAAGGUCCUUUAUAUCUCUAGAUGAUGACACAAAGGAUAUCAAGAAUAUAUAUGUAGACACUGCAGCUGUGACUCCUAUGAGUUCUAAGAAAGAAGGAUAUUCAUCUGAGGACUUGUCAGUUGAUUCAAACGAAGAGUUCAAAUCGGUUAAAUAUGUUAACGGAGUUGCGGUUGUGAGUGGAAGGACCCGCAGUCUGGUUGAAAAAUUUGAGAAAAGAGACAAGAUAGAUACAAAUGACUGUCAUAAACCUGACUUAACUUCUCAGAUAUUAUCUAACAAGAAUAAUUUACCUACCACCACUAAACAACAGUCUAUCAAUAUACCAGUAACUCUUCCUGCUGUUAUGUCAUGUGUACAACCUAUGACCGAAACAAAAGCACCUGAAUUGGUACGAACACCCAAGAAUUCCCUAAAUACUGUACGCGAGAAAUCUAAAGCAUCUCCUAUUAAAAAAUCUGUUGCUUCGCGACGUGUAAUUUCUGAUAAAACUAGAUCGUCGAUGCUGGUUUCACGGCGAUCUAAAGCAACGAAGGAGGAUAAUCCACAAACCACAGGGAGAAAUCUGACUGCCAAAAAUGAAAACGAUGAUGAUCUGGCUGAAGUUUUGAUGCUAGAUCAUGAUUUAUCUUUAAGUACACUUCGAUCUCGUCUCACAAAGCUUCAGGUGUUACGGCAUUUUUGGGAUCGAAACGACACACUAGGUGGUAUUAACGCCUUGCAGAAACUGCCGGAUCACGCUGUACAAGCAGAUGUAAUUAGCGUUAUGCUGGACAACACCGAGUCUUUAACAUUAGACCUCUUCUCGUGUUUGCUGCCUUUGCUGUCAGGUUUACUCGAUAGCCAAAUCGAGAGGCAUAUAAAUGUGUCAUUGCAAAUGUUACUAAAGCUUGUAGCGGUCUUCGGGCCCGUGAUUAACUCAACAAUCUCGGCACCUCCAGCUGUAGGUGUUGAUCUUCAUGCCGAUAAAAGACUUGAAAGCUGCAAUCAAUGCCAUAUCCAGCUUCAAAAGAUUCAUAAGAAUCUCCCAGAUGUUAUGCGGCGGGGCGGGUUGACAGCGAAAACUGCAAAAGAACUUAACCAAAUACUUCAACAAUCAUAAAAAUCCUUUUCACUGUUUUGUCUUUGGAUUCUUUACCCCCAUUUUCAGCAAGAAAAAGUAACCAAUGGCAUACAGAUUCUUGACCUGUUGUGAAUAUGUAACAUCUUUGUUCAAAUGUGUAUCUUUAAUGUGAAGAAUAAAAAGAUGGAAAACAUCUACUGAAUAAAUUUCAGCAAUAUAGUAUUUAUUAAGAUUA